AUGAAUAAUUAUCCACCACGUUCGAUUACUAAUGCUGGGAAGAACGGGCAAAGAAAACCCCAGCACAGCACACUCCUCACUCAAUCAGGAUAUGCAAUCCCGCAAUCUCCAGGAUGCUCAUGCUCCAGCAUCACGGUGUUGACUGUGGAGAUUAUGUCAUCUCUGGGACCGAGAUACCGCAAAUACGUUUCAGCUGUAUUGAACACAGUUUGGGCCGCUUGCGAAAGUACCGCUAUUUCGCCGGUCUGCCGAUUCCAUAGAAACACGGACUUCUUCCCCGAUUUUGGUCCAGGAACGUCUGGAAUUUUUUCAGGCCAGGGUCAAUCUUUUUUCUCAGAGAAUAAAGUCAUGAAAAACUGUAGCGGAGUCUCAUCAUUGUCCGGAAAACCAUUAGGACCUCAUGAUUCAGUGAAAGGAAUCUUUGUAACAAAGCUGUUCACAUUUUUCGACCAAUGGAAGUUUGGUACUGCCGCUAGAUAUGGCAGAAAAGUUGAUAACGAAUCUAAUGGUUGUGAAGCCGUAACAGGAUUUCCGGGAUCUGAAUUUAACAAUGCUAAGUUUCCGUCGACAGAGGAUGAAUGGCUACAAAUUGCAAGCGACUUUGAAAAAAGAUGUAAUUUUGUUAAUUGCGUAGGAGCAGUUGAUGGAAAACACGUGAAUAUUAUUCCGCCUGCUGGAAGUGGUUCAUAUUUUUACAACUAUAAGGGGACUCAUAGCUUAGUAUUAAUGGCAGUAUUCAUUCUCAGUUUUCCUAUGAAUAAUAACUUACAUGUAUUCAUGCUCCUCGGAAGGAGAAUGUACUCCAUAAUUUUGGAGUCUGAUAUGUAG